GUCAACAACACCAGACGACCACACAGCAAUUCGCGUUCGCGAUCGAGACCGCCAGACAAAUCUCCAACAUGUCCGUCACAUUACAUACGAAUCUCGGCGACCUAAAGAUCGAAGUCUUCUGCGAGAGCGUACCAAAGACAGCAGAGAACUUCCUCGCCCUCUGCGCAUCACACUACUACGACGCCUCCCCAUUCCACCGGCUCAUCCCGAAAUUCAUGGCCCAGACCGGCGGGCCGGCGCACCCGUCGCCCCCGGACAACCCAAAGGGCGGCCGCUCCAUCUGGGGCGGCGUCUUCGAGGACGAGAUCCGGCCGGCCCUCAAGCACGGCGCGCGCGGCGUCAUGUCCAUGGCCAACAAGGGGCCCGGCACGAACGGCUCGCAGUUUUUCGUCCUGUUUGACAAGGCGCCGCACCUGGACGGGCUCAACACCGUCUUUGGGCGCAUCAUCGGGGACGAUAGCACCGUCACGCUGGGCAAGAUUGAGGCGGUCGAGGUGGAUCGGAAGAAUCGGCCCAAGGAACCGGUCGUGAUUGAGAGGGUUACUGUCCAUGCGAAUCCGCUUGCCGGGUGAGAGUGGGGAUGGCUCGUUGGAGAUCGUGAGUGAUUAUGAGGAAGGGAGGUUUCGACGGAUGGCUCUGUGGGGGGGAGAGAAUCAAAUAUGGAUAUGAGGGAAGAGAUCCCGGAAAAGCUAUGAUACCCGUACGUCAAAACGGUUCAAUACUGUCCUGACGGCACACAAAAUUUAGAUGAGAUGGAG